AAUGCCAAAAAUAUUCCAAACGGUCACGCUGAAAUGCUGGAAUGGUCUUAGUUUCGUAAAAAAAACAAAACAAAAAGGAUACAAUUAAUUUAAUAAAACGUAACUUAAGCAACAUUAAAAAGCCGAACAAAUUGUAACGAAACCAGUGAUAAACUAAACAACUGCACACACUCACGCAAACAAACGAAAAUGUGAUGUUAAGUUUAGUAAUCAAAUUGCACAAAAUGCGAGAGAUGAGAGCAAAUCAAUAAUAAUAAUAACAAAAAGGAAGGAGGAAGGAGCUAAAGUAACGACGGCAGCUGUACAAGUGUGUGUGUGUGCGUGAGAGACAAACAACAAAAAGAAAAGAGCUAAAUUUUUUUAAAUAAAAAUGUGGAAAUCAAGCAAGGAAACAACAAAAGCUAAAACAACAACAACAACAACAACGAUAGCCAGGAGCAGCGCAGCCAGCAGCGACGUCGACGCCAGCGUCGCCGCAUGGAAAGCUCAAAAAACCGCAUGACAAGGAAAUGGAAAAUUUUUGUGCAGCCCAAAAAACCAAAUGUGAACAUAAACGGAAGGCAAAAAGCGAGGCGUUGAGCGAAAGAAAAACAAAACAAAACAAAAAAGGUGUGCUUGUGUUUUCCAAUCCAAAAUAAUAUUAAUAAUAAUAAUAAUAAUAGAGGCGAAGGGAAAAGCGGCAAACAAAAGAAUAAUAUCCAAAAGCGGAAGAGAAUGAUAAAAUAACAAAAAGAAGCAGAAUCCAAGAAAUAAUAACUAAAGAAGAAGCACAGCAAAAAUUUUAAAAGAAGAAGCGGCAACUUAAAAAAUAUACAAUUGUUUAUAAUGGCAGCUUUAAAAUAAAAAUUGUAAAAAAACCGCUAGAAAGAAAAUGAGAAAAAAAUAAAAUCUAAAAAGGAAGCCGCCUAAACUUUUAAACAACAAAAAUAAGCAUCUUUGGCAGCUAAAAACAACAAAUUGUAACUAUAUAUAAAAUAAAUCUGAAGAGGACGCCAAAGCAGCCACCGCAUCCUGAGCAGCUCAACAGGAAAUAUAAAUCGGUAAAAUAUAUAUAAAGUAAUAUAUAGUGCUGCCAUGGCCAGCAGCGGGACAAACGUCGACGGCGGCAGCGGUACGUCGGCGGCGCUGCCAUCGCUCUUCCCCGCCGUCGGCGCCGCUGCCGGCGUCAAGGAUAUGGACGGACUGAUGGCCAUUAACGAUAGCGCCCUAUCGCAACAGAUCGAAUUUAUACUGCAGGAUGCUCCCAUGGAGCAGGACGACGAUCCUCACCAGCAUUCGCAUGUGCAUCACCAUCACCAGCACUCGUCGCAUUCACAUUCGCAUCACCAUCCCCACUCGCAUUCGCAUCAGCAGCAGCAGCAUCUCCAUCAGCAGCAGCAGCAGCAACACCAUCAUCCGCACCAUCAUCUGAAGCUGGAAAGCAGCAGCAACAACCACCCACCGACAGCAGCAGCAGCAGCGGCAGCAGCAGCAGCAGCAGUAGCAGUAUCAACAACUGCAUCAGCCACUGUGGCAACAGCAGCAGCAGUUGCAGCAGCAUCAACAAACAACAGCGCUUCCUUCAGCAACAACAGCAGCAGCAACACUAACAGCAACAAUAGCAAUCACCUUGAAAACCAGCAACAGUUGCUAGCAAUCCAGCAGCAACAUCAUCUUUUGAAUGGUCGCCGCAUUAUUAUCCAAGCAACGGGUAACUCAUCCGUUUUGGCCGCCAGCGAUAUCAAGGAAGAGGAUGAAGAGGAGGAGGAUCCCGAGUUAAACGAUGAGAAUCUUCAGGAUAUCGAAGAGGAGGCUCAGGCAGCAGAGGCGGAUGAGGAACCCGAAAGUACCACGCAGCAUUUGUCCACACAUGUUAAGCUGGAGCUGGAAGACGAUGAGGAAAUGCCCGACGAGGAGGAGGAUGAGGAUGAGGAAGAUGAUGAGGAGCAGCAGCAGCAUGGCCAACUGGAGUACCAAAUUAGUGCAAGCACGGGAGGAGCGACAAGUAGCGCUGGUGGGGCCGCAACAGCUGGGGGAUCACAACAAUUGGUUCAACUGCCCGCCGGGAGUAUUGUGAGCACCACCACCCACCGAUUGUCCGUUCCCGUGACCGAGGCGGCCCUUGUCCAGCUGCAACGGCGACCUGUUUACAUAAGCAAUGCUGUCGGUGGCCUGACAGCUGGCACAACCUAUGUGAGAAUGCCAGCGGCGGCGGUUAUCAGCCGGAGUCCCAUGACGGUGCUGAAUGUUGUGCAACAGGCGUUGCCGGCCACUCAGUUGAUAUUGCAAACACAGCAGCAACAGACACCGACGGCAGCGGCGGCCGCGGCCGAGCAGCAAUUGGCCUUGGCCUUGGAACAACAGAGGCAGCAGCAAGAGCAGCAGGCGGCCCAGCAACAAAGGCAGCAACAGCAAGAACAGCAAAGGCAGCAACAGCAACAGCAGCAGCAGCAGCAGGCGGCGCAACAAGAACAGCAGAGGCAGCAGCAGGCGCAACAGCAACAACAGCAGCAGCAGCAGCAACAAGCGCAACAACAGCAAAACCAUCCAGUGAAGCAUUCAGCAUCCAGCUCUUCCACCACCAACAACAAUAGCAACACAAACUCCACCACCAACAGCAGCAGCGGCAGCAGCAACAGCAGCAGCAACAAUAACCCACCGGCGGCAACUGUGACCACCAGUUACCAGUGCGUCGAGUGUGUGGAAAAGUUCGAUUCCAAGGAACUCUUCGACAUCCAUCGCAGUGGUCAUGCCAAUAACAUGAAGUGCGCCAUCUGCAACAUGGUGUUGAAGUCCCUGAAGAACUAUGAGAAGCAUUGCCUGCGCUGCAAGCCGUACGAGUGUCAGAUUUGCGGUCGAGUUGUUCGCUUCCGGCCGAAUUUUAUCAAGCACAUGCGUGUGCAUACGGGUCAGCAGUCAGAGCGGCACAAGUACAAGUGCGAGGUGUGCCACAAGGAGUUCAUGAGCUUUGAGUACUUCAAGGUGCACAAGAAGAUCCACAACGAGAAUGUGAACCUCACCUGCGAGAUCUGCGGCAAGGUGUUCAGUGCUCUGGCCUCGCUGCGAGGUCAUUCGAAGCUGCAUUCGGGAGUCAAACUGCACAAAUGCGACGUAUGCGGCAAGGGCUUCGGCCAGCGCUACAACCUGAAGAUCCACGCCAGGACGCACACGGGUGACUUCCCCUUCGAGUGCAAGAUCUGCAAAAAGAAGCUGCACACGCAGUCCUCGCUGCAGACGCACAUGCAGGUCCAUCUGAGGGAUCAGCCUGGUGGAGCGGCAGCCGCGUCUGCAGCCGGAGCCACCCCAUCGAAGGCCAGCAAUAGCAGCAAUUCGAGCAACGGCAGCAACUCCAGCAGCAGCAAUUCGAGCAGCAACAGCGCAACGGCAGCGGCGGCGGCUGCAACAACGACGAUUGUGAAGCUGGAGCCGCCGCACGAGAUGGAGAGACCCGGCACCAGUAGCAAUCAGCAGCAGCAGCAGCAUCUGCAGCACCACCAGCACCAAAUGGAACUGGACGAACAGUCGGGACUGAGCGGGGAUGAGGAGGAUGGCAGUGGCGGCGGUAUGAACUCCUCCUCGCACAUUGUGAACGCAACCACCAAUCGCUUGACCACCGGCGAGGACUCAUCGGAGUCCUCGAAUGCCUCGCUACACCUGAACCAGCACUCCUCCACCUCAUCCUCGCCAGCCUCGCAGCACCAAAUGUCGCAUCCGCAGCAUCAGGUGCACCAACAGCAGUCGUCGCAGCAGCAAUAUCUUGUUUCGGCGCCAACACGAACGAUCGUCAUCAAGAACUACAUGCAGCAGGGAUCUCAGCAGCAACAGACCUCCGAUCCAACGCCCGUGCUGCAUGCACAGGUCAUCCAGAGCGGUGCAGGCACCAGCAACGGCAGCGGCAACACCUCCACCAACAGCAGCAGCAACAGUAGUAGCAACAUUGUCACCAGCAACGCCGGCGGCAAUCUCAGCAAUGGCUCGCAGUUGAUACGAAAGACGCCGAUCAUUCAUCAUUCGACCGGGAGCAGCAACGCUGGGUCAGCGCUGACCAGUGUGGUGCAGCAGACAGGUGUUAUUUCGCCCGCUCAAUCGCCAUCGUCAUCCUCGACCUCUUGCUCCUCAUCCACGGUGCUGGUGUCCAAGGCCACCGGUGUGCCUCUAUCCAUAGCUUCCUCGGCGGCGGCUGCUCUGGGUGCCUCGACGAUUAUACGCAGCACGAGGAACCACCAGCAACAGCAGCAGCAGCAGCAACAAGCCCAACAACAGCAACAGCAACAGCGGGUUACGCAGCGCAACAACCACCGAAAUCACCACCGACGUCGUCAUCUGGCGGACAUGGAUGACGAUGAAGACGAGGACGACGAUCAACAACACCAGCAGCAGCAGCAUCAGCACCAGCACCAGCAGCAAACGCAACAUGCCCAACAGCAGCAGCAUCUCCAUCACCACAACCAUCACAAUCAUCAUUUCGAUGACGAUGAUGACGAUGAGAAAUCAUCACCGUCCCUGGCCACAGCGGCCAUUAUCAAAGUGGAACCGAAUCUAUAUUCCUCGGGCUCUGGCGACAACUCCAACGAUAUGUUCAUCAAGGAGGAGGUGAUGUUUGAGGAUUCGGCGGCCCUGCAUUCCCCACAAUCGCCGCCAAGUUCGAAAUUCCGUAUAUCGAACUUUGAUGGUGACUUGGUUGAUCAUCAUGUCGAUCUGAAUCAUUCGCUGCCGCCGUAUGGUAAUCUAUUUGAACCGCAUUCGAUACCGGACAGCAUACCGGUGCAGCUUUAUCCUGACGAUGACGAUGACUUCCGGCUGGAUCAUAGUUCGCUGGGUGGACUCCACAACACAACGUCGUCGUCGACCACCGAUGGGGACUUUAUCAAAAAGGAAUGGGUCUACGGCACGGGUACCAGUUCCUAUGCCAUGAACGGCAAGUUCGAUGACGACAGCGAUGCCCUAUGUGAUGCGGCCAAUUUCAUUUACAAUUGAGUGCAGGCAGCUGCCGUUGUGGUAGAUCAUCAUCGUCAUUGUCAUUGGAAACUGAAGAGGAAUCCGCGUAGUCGAGUGAAGCAGGUGGUUGGGCAGGAGGAUCACCAGCAGCAGCAGCAGCAGCAUCAGCAGCAGGAGGAUGAAGAGCGGGAUGUGGAGGAGGAACAUGAACAGGAACAGGAUCAGCAACGCAAUGUUCUGCGACGCGUCCACGAUGCAGCCAUGUGGAGCUGAGGAUUCAGUUUACCCAGACUCAAAGCUGCAUAACGUAUAUAUUACACAUGUCCCCCCGAUCCAACCCCACAUUUACCAUUUACACACACCACACCAUAUACAAAACACAUCCAAGAGGGUGAAUCGAUUUGCGUAGGGUGCAAAAACCAAUUUAUGAACAAUUCUAACUGAUUUCGCUGUAAAAACUUUAGAGCUAAUAACGUUUUUAAGCUGCUCGAAGCAAGAAAGGUUUUAUUCACGCAAAACGCUGCAGGGAAAUGUCUAAUUAAUGCAAGAGGCAUCAAGAAAAUAAUUAAUUUGUGCAAAACACAGAUGUCAAGUGUGUAAUAGCAUAUACCAAUUUGUACUAUAUGGACUUUAAAAACUAUAGAUUUUCUAGAAGUAUUAGUUUUGAGUGAUUUAUCAGCUGGUUUUUAAAUAUCUGGUAUUAUUCAAAAGAAAAAAAUGAAUUUUUUUUAAGCCCAGUUUAAAACUUUCACCAAUUUGAUUGUAAAAAUUAUAUAUUUAAGAUUUUAUUUUGACAUACCCAAAAGAUAGAAAGAUAUUGGGCUUAUUUUUGGUUAAGAGGAAAUGUGAAGUUUAGCUUAAAAUCAAUAUUAUAACUAAAGUUUUAAAGGCCAAAUUAUUUUGAAUUAUCCAUAGAAGACUCUUCCUUAAUGUUCAAUUCCUUUUAUUUGCAACGCAAUCAGGUCGAGCCACCCUAAUAUAUAUAUAUAUAUUGCUAAUAUAUAUAGUACACAUACUUAUCCUAUAUGUCCACCAUAUAGAAAAUUUGCUAUCUCUGUUGCGCUCGUGAUGAUCUUAUAACGUGAUCUUAAGUCUAAAUCAAUGUGUAAAAUGUAAUUUUUGAUUUCAACUUGCUUCCGUUUCCGUUCCCAGUGUGUAAUUUUUCUCCCAUUUCCGUUUGUUGUAGUUGUUUAUCUUGUCUCUCGCUCUCUCACUCUGUGUGUCUUUGUCUCUGUUGCUCUCGUGUCCCCUCUGUCUCACUUCCUGUCUCGCUCUGAUCUGUUUAUAAGAAGUGUAUACAAAUUUCGCCCCACUUUUAGUGUAAACAAACUAAAAAAAAAAAAAAAAGAAGAAAAUCUCAAAUGAACUUGUAACUUGAUGUGAAACACGAAUUGUAUAUUAUAAGUUUUAUUUUUUACAUAUCAUUUACCUUUAUUACAUAUACAAAUCUCUGUUUUAGCUUUCCGUAUGGCUCAGCACAUUGUAUUCUCUAUUGCGAACCCUAAUUUUAGUUGUAUAGUUUUGCAUUUGAUCUCUCGGCUUUAGUUUUUGCAUUCAAAACGAAAGAAAAUUCAGUUCCUGUGUAAUGACAAAGAUAACUCGAGAAAUUGUAUUAUAAUUUAAUGGACUAGGCAAUCAAUGUGCUGCCUUCAUAUGGAAAGAUGAUGUACCAACCAUAUCUCUCUGUCACUCGAGGAUCCUACAGUAUUGGCUCCCAAAAUCGAAUCAAAAAGAAAGAAAAUAAGUGAAAACUGCUUUAUUUUAGCUUAUCGUUUUUUUUUUAAAUAUUUUUGAUUAACACCCUGUUUUCACUUACCUAAAGCGCAGUAUUUGUUUCAUAUAAUUCGAGAAUCCAUAUACAUUUUUUGCAUAGUUAGUUUGUAAAAGGAUAAGGUAUUUUUUUGAAUUUUUAUUAGCAGUUCUAAUGUGCAAUCUCCCCCAUCACUGAUCUUUGACCUCUUUCUCACCUUCGCUCAAACACCUUGUGGUUUCCUUAAUUAGUUGCUAAGUACCCAAUCACACGAUUACAUAUAACACCCAAACGAUGUAUGAUUAUGAUUUGCAUUACAAUAUACUAUAGAUAAUCUGUAGCUAAGUAUAAGCCUGAUUUCUGUGUAGUCUCUAAGCUGAAAGAGCAUGCUUUAGCUUUAGCUUUACCCUAACAUACGAAACUGCAUAAGCAUACGAAUAUAUAACAUAUAUAUAUAGCCGCUGUACAAUUACUUGAUCUUUAGCAUUAACACUUGACAACUUUUCAUUUGCAUUUACAUCAACAAUUGUUUGUGUAUUCUUUUCGUUUUUCGAAAAUUAAAAUUUAUCUAAAACAAAUAUAUAUAUAGCCAUGAAAUAUAUAUAUAUAUAGAGAUAUAUAUCUGGAUGGGGAAUCGGAUACAAUAAAGGAGGAGAAAAAGAAUCCACAUAACAAAAACUUCUAUCAAAAGCAUUUAAUGUUAACAAUAUAAUGAAUAAAAAUCUAUAUAAAUUAAUUAAUUAAAUUAUAAAUGUAUAACAAACAAGUUAGCCAACAAUUGUAAAACGUAGCUGAAAGAGUUUACUUUUUUUCUGUGUGUAGCAUGGAAGGAAAAGCAUAUUUAACCGAUUUUUCGUUUCUAUUGAGAAUUUUCCUUUUGCUUUUUUGUGCUUAAUAAUAAUAAUUGUUGUUGCUUGCCAUUUUGUUUGUUACUAAAAGAAAAUAAUUAUAUAACAAGAGCCGUUAAUCAUAAAAACACACAAAACACUCAAACACAUAGACACAUUGAAAAGCUCAAAGGAAAAACGCGCAAAGAGAAAAUGUUUUUGUUUUCCAAAUGAACAAAGAAACAUUAUUUAUGGAUUUGUCUUCCGCACGAGUUAAAAGUUCAAUUUGAACGAUGUACAAAUUUCCAGUUUGAAGAAAUCGAUAUAAAGUUGUUGAAUUCAAAGACCCGUUGAUAAAUUCUAAGGCCCGCCCCUUUUCCAACCAUUUUUCGAAAAAAACUAAGCAUUUUAACAAGCAAUUGAAUUUCGAUUUCAACGAUGUACAAAUUUUCAGAGUUGAUUAAAUCGAUAACCAGUUAUUUCGAUAAACCCCUCUCCCUUCUCCAAUAUUUUUUUCGUGAAAACUCCGAUUUUUAGGAAGCAAUAAAAACGAGACAAAACAGGUGGGAAAACCCCGAGGAAAACCUCUCGGAAAACUCAUCGUUCACUGCCCCUCACGCCUUCUCUACGCCCCCCUCCCCUUUUCAAUACACCGAGAGCAAUCAAGGGAAAAUAAGAAAAAAAAAACUUAACCCAAAAUCAUUUUCAGUUACACCGAAAGAAAUCAAGGAAAAACGCGAAUUUUUGUACAUUUGCAGAAAGAAGAAGAAAUAAAUAUUGUAAGAUUUAAUAAAUCCAAAAACCAAACUCCAAAAAUACUAUUUUAUAUACCAAACAACAAAAGGAUAAAAAACGAUGAUUAACAAAAACCCAACAACUUUGCACCACAACAACAACAACCAACUAAAUUUUUAAAAAUUUAAUCUCAACGACUGCGCACACAACAACAAACAAAUUUUUUGUAUUAUAUUAAAAAAUGGGAAAAAAACAACAAAAAAACGUAACUUUAAAUAAGAUCGAAGAGGAAACGGGUGAAGCGAAAGAUAGAAAGCAAAGUGAAAUAUUUUUUUAAGUGUAAACCAGGCCGGUCAAAAGGCUUGGGCGCCAAAUUUUCUGCAAUAAAAUAUUUAAUAAAGUAAUAUUGUAAACUUUAUAGUGUACACACACACAAAAACACCUUAAAUUAGGAUCGAAAAUGGAUAUAUAAUUGUGAAGCCAAGAACAGUCCAAUUAAAAACACAUUCACACAAAUUAAAUGUGGUUUAGUUGUCUUCUUUUUUUUAAACAUAAAAGUACCUAAAAAUCAAAUAAUUGAAAAGAAAAAUUAAAAAUUUGAAUAAAACUAAUUUCUAUGUGUCUCCCCUGUGUGUAACUUUGCAAAAUCUAAAUUCUUGAAACAAAAAUUAAAAAAAACAACACAUAAUCAUAUUAACACAAGGAAAAAACUGAAACAAAUUAAAAUUAAAAAAAAAAAAAUUGUAACUAAGCAAAAGUAUAAUUAUUUUUAAAGGGAAAUCAAUUUGUUAUGCACAAAAAUAUAUAUGCAGAAAGCCAACUUUUUAAGUUACGAAUUUGUUAAAGGAUCUAAGGAGUAGAAGAAAACCCGACUUUUUAAAGCAUUUUCGAGAAAUAUUGAGGAAAAAACCGAACAAUUUCAAUCUGAACAACAACAUAAAGCCCACGAAAGUAUAUAUAUUAUAUAUAAAUAAAGGUAAAUAAAUAUAUUUAAAUAAAUUAUCUAUAAACAGAAACGGUAAAGUAAAUUAAACAAAUCGUAUUUAUACACUAUGAAUGUCUAGUCGUAUUUUCAGUAUUAUGUAAACCGCCCCUCCCUUUUUCCUACCCCCACCCCCCCCAAAAAAAAAAAACACCGUAAAAAUAUAAAAAAAAAAACUAUAGAAAGCUAAGCUAAAUGAAUGUGAAAUGAAAACAAAAAACAAAUUUUUGAAAAUGCAAACUAAAAGCAAAAAUUUAAUAUAAACCAGAAAUUAUGUGUGUAGCGUGUACAAUAAAACAGAAUUAACAAAAUAUGGUAAACAAUUUUUAGAAGCAUUUUUAACACAUAUGGGAAAACCAAACUUAACGUUUACAUAACGACGAUGAAGUGCAAGCGCAAAAUUAAACGAAAUGUGUCUGUUUUUAGUGUUAGAGUCGAUGUAAGCGAAACCACAAUAAAAAAAGAACAUAACAAGAAAUCAUAUAUAUAUAUUAUAUACAUAAAGAUCAUAACGAAUUACUAAAUCAAUGUGUGUAAACGAACGGAAGAGAUUUUAAGAGGGCAGGUGUGUUUAGAUUCCGUUCAUCAUUAUGUUUCUAGUUCGGUUUUCGGUGUCCUGACAUAAGUUCCCUAUCCUGGAUUCUGAAUACUUGAAAAGAGGCCCAUAAUUUCGGGUAAUAUCAUAUUGAAAGUAAUAUUAUCAUGGGUUCUUAUGUCGGCGUUGUAUGUAUUUGAAAAUAUCUAUAUUUUUUUAUUACUCUUAGUUUUUGUGUAUAAAAAUGCAAAUGAAAUAUUACAAACAAAAAAAAUCAACAAGUAUGUUUAAAUGAUUUAAUCUUAGUGCAUAAUUUUAUUAACCAUUAUUAUUAUUUCUCAUUUUAAUAGUUAACAUAUACUGGAUCUUUGUUUCUUAACUUAACGCCAACAAAAAUGAAAAUAUAUAUUUUGUCAGAGUAUAAUUUGUGUUUUGAUUUACUUGCGUUUUUAACUUUAAUUCCCAGACGGGGUGGUUCAUAUCAGAUAUAAAGUAUACAACUUUUUGUAUAUAAGUAUCUAUAUGCGUAUAUAAAUGUAAAGAGAGAGAGAAAGUUGUGUGAGAAAGAGAAAUGGAAAUUAAAAAAAUUAAAAUUGGCGCAAUUUGCUCAACAUAUUAAGGGAAGAUGCAUCUUAAAAAAACAUAAAUCACAUUUCAAGAGAAGUUACUUUCCCUGUUUUCCCGUUUUCUUUAAUUAAUAGUGGAAAUUUUAAAGAAUUUAGUUUAACUUAUAAAAAGAAGUAGCCGAAGCAAAGCCAUUAUAAACUACUCGAGUAAAAUUGAAUAAAGAACAACAAACACAUAUAUUCAAAUUCAUGAUAAUAACAGAGAAUAAUUAAAAAAAGAAACACAUAAAACCAAAAGAAACCAAAAACAAUCUAGAUUUUAUUGUAAUUCCGUGUCUGUGUGUGUAUUUCAGUAAUUAAUGUAAAAAAUAUAAAAAUUAAAACAAACAAAAAAAAAA